AGACUCCGUUCUAACACCAAAACAGCAGAUAGACAGAUUGUUGCGUCCAGGAUCGUCCUAUGCUAACUUGAAUCCAUUUGAGGUGCUACAAGUUGAACCAAAAACGCCUGUAGAUGACAUUAAAAAGAAGUACCGCCGGACUGGUGGAUGACAAGCUGUCCAGAGUUUUACAUAGAACCACCUUUACACCUUGGGCCAUUUGAAGAGCUGGUUGAGUUCCUGGAACGAUGAGCAGAGAUCGCAUUUUGCAAUGGCCAAAUCUGAAAUUGCCUUUGAUUGUAAGAAAUGUGGUUGAAGAUCGCACCCCAUUUGCAAUACUUCAGGUUGAUGCAGCAUGGAAGAGGAAUAAGAUGUCUAUCCUGGUACAUCCUGACAAGAACCAAGAUGAUUCAGAGAGAGCACAAAAAGCAUUUGAUGAAGUGACUAAAGCUUGGAAAUGUUUAGAAAAUGACAGCACAAGACAAAAGUGUUUAGAAAUUGUCGAAGAAGCUGAAGCUAUUGUUUUAAAGAGAAUUGAAGAUCGUAAAAAGCAGUUAAAAAGAGAAGGAAAGGACCCAAGAGUUGAUGAAGAUGAUCCUGUGCAGAUGAAACGUGCAAUUUAUGUACAAACAAUGAAACUUUUUGCAGACCUAGAGAGAAAACGAAGAAAGCAGGAAGACCGAGAUCAGGAAGAAAGAAAAAGGAAAAGAGAGUCAGAGAUUCAGGAGGAAGAAAAGAGGAAAGCAGAAAAGGAAUGGCAGAAAAAUUUUGAGGAGUCUCGUGUGGAUCGUGUUAAUAGCUGGAAAGACUUUCAGAAAGGGAAAUCAGCUAAGAAAUUUAAAGGAUUUAAACCCCCUAAGCAUAAGGCUGAAGCUAGAGAUUAAGUGAAAAAGUAUUUGCAUAUUAGACUUCAAGACUCAUGUUUAACAAGUCUCUAAAUUGAUAAUAAACGAGAACCCCCUGAAGGCCAUCUAUUAUUUCUUUAUCUCUGUUGGCUAAUACUAUUACAAAUGUUGAUGUCAG